GACGCGCACGCACACGCACGCCAAAACCUCCUCUCCGUCCUCCUCCCCCUUGCCUUCUCCCACCCCUAUCCGAUCGAGAGAUCGAAGCCUUCUCCCCUCCAAGCCAGUUCGCCACCGACGCCGCCGCUUCCGUGGGGUUUCCAUUCGGUGCGUCCUCGGCCCCGCGCGCGACGAUGGGGCACAGCGCGAGGAAGAAGAAGAAGAAGAAGAAGGGCGGGGCCGGGCGCAAGGCGGCCAAGGACCACGCCGGCCAGCUCGAGGGCGACCAGGCCGCCCUCGCCGACGAGCUCACGGCACUGGCUUCAAUUUUCAUUGAAGACUUCAAAGUGACAUCAGAAUCACCUCAUACUCGUUUUAGUAUAUGUAUCAGGCCUUAUUCUGAUGGCAUGGGCUUUGGAGACUCAAAUGUUUCAGCAACUCUUGAUGUAACGUGUUUUGCUGGCUAUCCACACAAGUGCCCAAAGUUGCGGGUUCUACCUGAAAAGACCUUAUCUAGAGAAGAUGCUAAUCGGUUACUUUCACUUCUUGUUGAUCAGGCAAACAUUUAUUCUCGAGAAGGACGUGUCAUGAUAUUCAAUUUGGUAGAGGCUGCCCAAGAGUUCUUGUCAGAAAUUGCUCCAGCUAAUAAUUCAGCAAGCACAGCUCCUUGGUUGGGUUCAGGCACAGCACUGCAAACAACUGAUGUAGAUCUGGAAGUUAAACUUGACAAUGGUUCUUACCAUGGAGUGUCUUACAUGUAUAAUUCAUUUGACCUGUAUAGUCAAUUAUAUGAUGGAGGUAAUUGGAACGCACAAGGUUCACAUCCAACAACUGACAGUGGCAGGAAAAAUAUUGGUUCUCAAGUCAAAUCAAAUGUUAGAAGCAAGAGGAAGACGAUCGUUGAAAAAUCCCGUGUUUCUUCUGAUAAGGUUAAUGUUGCAAAGGGUUUAUCUCAGGAUAAUGCUGACCAGAAAAAUAUCACAAAUCAUGGCACAAUUCAGGAGUCUCUUCCAAAUUUGCAUGUAGUUGCAGAGGAAACUGAAAAUGACAGCAUUGUGUCAACAAGCAACAGAGAAAAUACAUCAGGUACUCCAGAGAGGAGUUUUAGCAGUGUGCAUGAACUCGAGGACUCUGAUCUUGCAGACGAAGCUUGGAAUGAUGAAGAUUCUGGUUCAGACUCUGGAUUUUCAAAUGUCCCAUCUUCUGUUUCAGACAGUUUUGAUGAUGCUUCACGGAAUAAGAGAAAAGAUUUAAUUAUGGUACAUUUGCUUCGUCUAGCUUGUGGAUCGAAGGACUCUCUUUCAGCUGCUUUGCCAGCAAUAUCAUCGGAGUUAUGCAACAUAGGGAUUCUUUCCGAAUGGGCUAAAGAUUUAAUUUCGGAAUCUCCUGCUGUCUUUGGGGAAACUUUUGGACAUUUUUUUGGGCCACAAAUGACCUCUUCGGAGUGCUCCCUAUUUUGGAGAGCUGACAAUUCAUCCAGGCCAAAUUCCCGUUAUUUGAAUGAUUUCGAGGAGCUUCGUUCACUUGGCCAAGGUGGCUUUGGUCGUGUUGCACUGUGUAAGAACAAGCUAGAUGGCCGUCAAUAUGCUGUAAAAAAGAUACGCUUGAAGGAUAGAAGUCCUCAAGUGAAUGAAAAGAUUCUAAGAGAGGUAGCCACACUUUCACGGUUGCAACAUCAGCAUGUUGUUCGUUAUUACCAGGCAUGGGUUGAAACUGAGUAUGGUCAACAUCAUGUUCUGAAUGCUGCUGGGUCACGUACUGCUGAAAGCUCUAUGUUUAGUUAUGAUGACAUCAGCUUAUCAGAUGCAGGUGGUGUAAAUAAGGAGGAAUCUACAUACUUGUACAUCCAAAUGGAGUACUGUCCUAGAACCCUGAGACAGGAUUUUGAGACGUAUACUUUAUCUUUUGAUGCUUAUCAUGCAUGGCACCUAUUUCGACAAAUAGUGGAAGGACUAGCGCAUGUUCAUAGCCAAGGAAUCAUACACAGGGACUUGACACCUAACAACAUAUUUUUUGAUGUUCGUAAUGAUAUCAAAAUAGGAGAUUUUGGUCUUGCCAAAUUUCUAAAGCUGGAGCAGCUAGAUCAUGACCAAUAUUUUCCUAGUGAAGGAAUGGGUGUUUCAAUGGAUGGGACAGGUCAAGUCGGCACAUACUUUUAUACAGCGCCUGAGGUAGAACAGAAAUGGCCACAUAUAAAUGAGAAGGUUGACAUGUACAGCUUGGGAGUUAUAUUCUUCGAGCUUUGGUAUCCAUUUCCAACAGCAAUGGAAAGGCACCUUGUUCUUUCUGAUCUUAAACAAAAAGUUGAUCCUCCAUUGUCAUGGGCAACACAAUUUCCUGGCCAAUCGAACCUAUUGAGGCGCCUGCUGUCUCCCAGUCCAUCUGAACGUCCAUCUGCUGUUGAGCUUCUGCAAAAUGAUCUGCCUCCUCGGAUGGAAGAUGAGUGGCUAACUGAUGUACUUAGAAUGAUACAGACUCCAGAAGACACAUAUGUUUAUGACCGAGUUAUAUCUACAAUAUUUGAUGAAGAAAGGCUGAUUGGCAAAACUCAAUGCCAGCAUGAAAGCAGCAAAAAAUCCACUGGUAAAAGUGAUAACAGUGAACUUCUAGACUCUAUCAUUGAGGUUAGCAAGGAGGUUUUUAAGCGACAUUGUGCUAAAAGAUUCCAGAUACCCCCCUUGCAUACACUGGAAGGGAAAUUCAGUGAAAACAAGGGAAAGACAGUGAAGAUCUUAACUCAAGGAGGAGAGAUGCUAGAACUUUGCUAUGAGUUGCGGACACCAUUUGUUAUAUCAGUUGCUGCUAACCAGAUAUUAUCCUAUAAGCGUUAUGAAGUAUCAUGGGUUCAUCGAAGAGCAGUUGGCCAUUCAAUUCCUUAUCGCUUUCUUCAGGGUGAUUUCGACAUUAUCGGAGGUGCUUCACCAAUACCAGAGGCUGAAAUUGUAAAGGUCACUUUGGACGUUGGGGCACACUUUUAUGAUCGAAAGGCAAUAAUUAUUCGUCUGAAUCAUAGCAAACUUGCUGAAGCAGUUUGUUCCUGGGCAGGAGUUCCUCAAGAACGGAGACAAAAUGUUGCCGAGUUUUUAUCUUCAACUCUUGUUCAGUACUGGCCAAAUAAGGCUGAUCGCAAGUCACAAUGGAGUUUGAUUCGUGGGCAAUUAUUACAGGAUCUUCGUCUUUCGGAAGAGGUUGUUGAGAAGCUACGUAAAGCUGAUCAGAGAUUUUGUGGUUCUGCAGAUCAAGUACUUGCUAGAUUAAGAGGGACCCUGUUCUACGAUAAAUCUGCUUGCAAGGCUCUCGAUGAUCUCUCAGCAUUUCUCAAAUGUUUGAGAAUAUGGUCAGUUGAAGAACAUAUUACUAUUGAUGUACUCAUGCCUCCUUCAGAAUGUUACUACACAGAUCUGUUUUUUCAGGUCUACGUGAAAGAAGGAAAUCCUGUAGCAAGUUCCCAUGAAAAGUUACUAGCCAUUGGGGGGCGAUAUGAUUGGUUGAUAGAGCAAGCUUGGGAUAAGACAUGUAAAACCAAACCACCGGGCGCUGUUGGUGUCAGCAUUGCACUCGAGAAAUUUCUUCCUAAUAAUCCUUCAUCUGACGUUGGGUUCCCAAGGAUUGAACCAAGCAUCAGUGUUCUUGUUUGUUCAAGGGGAGGUGGUGGUCUUUUGAAUGAGCGUAUGGAACUUGUUGUGGAACUUUGGGAAGCUAAUAUAAAGGCCCAAUUUGUCCCUCAGGAAGACCCAAGUCUUCAAGAACAAUAUGAAUAUGCCAAUGACCAUGACAUCAAAUGCCUUGUAUUCAUCACUGAAGCAGGUGUCUCACAAACAGAACUAGUGAAGGUUCGACAUAUGGAUGCAAAAAGGGAGAAGGAAGUUAAAAGAGAGGAACUUGUUAAGUUCUUGUCUGAUGCAAUAUGUUUACAGUUCAAAAAUCCUACAAUCUGGAGCUGAUUGGCAGCCUGCUCUUUAUUCACUUGCUCAGUCUUGUUUGCCCUUCUUUGAACCAAGAUUGCGCACCGUGGCCUCGGUUCAAAACAGUGAGGUGAUUGGUGGCUUGAUUAUAUCUGAGCUGUCAUAUUGUGGAGGUGUGCUCCUGUCCUGUGUAUCGAUCGGUGGUGGUGGAAACCUGCACAGCUUCCUCCCUCCCCCCCCCCCCCCCCCCCGGUUGGUGGCGAAACCACUAUGCAACAAAACUCACCCAGUUUUGCUAUAUGCAAUUUUGCUCCACAAUUUCCUGUACAAGCCUGCCAUGUACAUAGUUCAGUUUGUUCUCCAUCACGUACAGGACAAAAGUAGCAUAUUGUAGGUUUAUUGUUCAUUGGUGAUGCCCAAUUUUGCAACUAGCUAAUCUGGCAGAAAACAAAAACAAGAUAUUUGUGAUUUUGUUUCCUCAUAUGUUCUUUUUUGUUAUAACAUAGAAAAAAAAUAGUGGUAAAUUUGCAAUUGCAAAAGCCCCUUCCCAUUUUCAAU